AGAGAGAAAGAGACGUGGCUGAAGCAGGAUAGUUGAAAGCGAAGAAAUGGAGUUGGAAGCGAUGAGUCGAUACACAAGCCCGGUGAACCCGGCAGUGUUCCCACAUCUGACAGUUGUGCUGUUAGCCAUCGGAAUGUUCUUCACAGCUUGGUUCUUUGUCUAUGAGGUGACUUCCACCAAAUACACAAGAGAUGUGUACAAGGAGCUGCUCAUCUCGCUUGUUGCUUCUCUCUUUAUGGGCUUCGGAGUACUAUUUCUACUGCUGUGGGUUGGGAUCUAUGUUUGACCAAGCAGGUGUCUCCCAGGAGGGAGGUUUGAUUAUUUUUACGCUGUGUGUCUGGGGACCAGUACUUGCCGUGGUUUAUUGCAUCCACUCAUAUCAUUGCACUGUCAUUUCAGCGAAGGAGAUUUCUACAUUAUGGUGAAUAACUCACAAGUUACAAUAAAAAAAAAAAAA